AUGUCUGCUCCCGGGGGAGUGGACCCGAAAUCAACUGUGUCCGAAUUCUCGGACUUAUCCAAGAUAGAAGCAUCUGCCUCCUACCACUUCAACCCCGAAUGCGAGGCGAAUGGCCUUCUAAUUAGACCCAAGUACAUCACCUCCGAUGAUAUGUGUGACGGUAUCAAUGACGAUGUCACCCUCCUACGCUUCUUACGUGCUCGCCAAUUUCAUGUUCAAAAAGCACUCCACUUCUUCUGGGCGCCAUGCCAAGCGCGCAAUGACAGCAGCUUCGUCAGGUUCUAUGAGAAUGUCGAUGUCGUUGACUACGAAGAAACUCGCAAGCUUUUCAUGGCCUGGACGGGUUGUCGAGACAAGCGGGGCUUGACCAUUUGCCUUUUCGAUAUGAAAUACCUUACUUCCAAUCUGGGAAGUUUCAAGAAGUCCUGCGAUUUCUCAUCGAUUGCACAACCAACACCGACAGGAUUGCCUUCUGCGGUGACCUUCCGCGCACUCGCCGUGUUUGAAGGCAUGGUCAGAUCUGUGUGGCCUCUUUGCUCUCGAAUCCGCAAGAGACCGAGUCCAGAGGUACCAAUCUUUCAAGCCACAGUCAUUGCCGAUAUCUCGGCGGUGUCCCUGAUGCAGAUCUGGUGGAUCAGAAGUUGGCUCCAGCUUUUUAGCAAGCUACUCGCGGAUGCCUAA